AUGUGCGACCCGGUGAGUGAGAGCACCCAGCACCAAGAGCGCUGCAUGCAGCCUUCCUCUGGGGCCUGGAGCUUGGAGAGAGCCUCGGGCGGCGGAGAGCCCGGAGGUUCGCAGCUGCCAGGCUUCCAGGGUGCGCCGCCCCAGGAUCACCAGGACAGGAGCAGCAAUAGGAACCCGCCUCUCCCUCACCUCUCCUCAGCCAGGCAACAUCUCUAUAGCCCCGUGUCGCCCCUCUCUCAUACUGGAGUCCCCCAAUACCCGCCACCACCCUACUUUCCACCUCCCUACCAGCCACUGACUUAUUCCCAGUGGGCAGAUCCCUACUCGCAUCUGGGAGAAGCGAACGCUGCCCUCAACCCCCUGCACCAGCCGGCGCCCGCUGGCAGUCAGCCACAGGCCUGGCCCGGCCGCCAGAGCCAGGAGGCUGCUGGCUUGAGCGCCCGCAGGGAUGGCUUCCGCCGCUCGGACCUGCUGCUGCCCCACACGCACGCCCUGGACGCAGCGGGACGGGCGGAGAACCUGGGCCUUCAUGACAUGGGGGACCCGAUGGACGAGGUGCAGAGGGUGGAUGAGCAGCACCGGCUUCUGCAUGAUCAGACUGGGAUUCGCAAAGGUCCCAUUUCAAUGACCAAGAAUGCCUUGAGUCUCCCCUGUCAGAAGGAGCUGGUGGGGGCUGUGAUGAACCCCAGUGAGGUCUUCUGCUCCGUCCCCGGAAGAUUGUCCCUCCUGGGCUCCACGUCGAAAUACAUAGUGACAGUUGCCGAAGUCCAGAGGCGAUUGUCCCUGCCUGAGUACUUAAAUGCCUCAUUACUGGGAGGUAUUCUCAGAAGAGCCAAGUCUAAAAGUGGAGGCCAGUCCUUGCGGGAGAAGCUGUACAAGAUUGGACUGAACCUUCCAGCCGGCAGACAGAAGGCUGCACACGUCACCCUUCUGACGUCCUUAGUAGAAGGGGAGGCCGUUCAUUUGGCUCGGGACUUUGGGUAUGUCUGUGAAGCCGAGUUUCCUAGUAAGCGGGUGGCCGAGUACUUAACUGGACCUCAUCUCGGAGGACGGAAUGAGAUGGCAACGAGGAAGAACAUGCUGCUGGCCGCACAGCAAGUGUGUCAAGAAUUCACAGACCUUCUCCACCAAGACCGAACACCCAACAGGGACAGGCUGGCCCCGGUCUUAGAGGAGAACAUUCAGGACUGCCUGUCUCACUUCAGCCUGAUUACCCACCAGUUUGGCAGCCAGGCCAUCUGUGCCGCCGUGUCUGCGAUGCAGAACUACAUAAAAGAGGCCUUGGUCAUCAUAGAGAAAUCCUACAUGAAUCCUGGGGACCAGAGUCCAGCCGACCUCGGAGAAGAUGGAGAAGCAUUGGAAAUGAAACAGAGAUUAAUUAAAUGUGGAAGGCUGAAAGACCCCAGGUCUCUAAGUAAAGGAAUUAUCUUGGAUGCUGAAUCAGAUGGGAAUAAGAAAACUGUGCUCUCUCCAGAGAAACCUUCCCCUUGUGGGAAAGUUAAGGAAACUCAGCUGGCUUCCCAGUUGUAG